AUGUCAUCCAUUUCUGCACAGGCGUUUCUCGUGCCCAUUGAAUCAUCUAAUAGCAACACUACUUCCUCUCUACAAGUCUAUCAACAUACAUCGAUUGCCUCUUCGACACUUAUUUACAAUUAUGGAGGUGAAGAUUCGAAUGGUUUCUGGACCAAUCGAUUGAGUGUGUUAAAUCUUGCCGCUGGUUCAGGUUUUAAAAAACAGACCAAGCUUAAAUCUUUGGAGUGGGAGAAGCCCAAAUAUAAUUCAUUUCCUCCCAAGAAAGAUGGUCACGUCAUGAUGUUGACGUGUGGCAGUGCAGGCAAUGCUCAAAAGAAAAUAUUUCUAUUUGGAGGAAAUGACAAUCAGAACAUUUCUGGAAAUAAUAAUGCACUCUAUUCGAUCGAUUUGGAGAAUUUGACAUGGAAAAUCGAAAUGAAACAUCAAGAUGAUCAUUCUCGACCAUUUGGUAGAUCGCAUUCUGCAUUUACACAAAUUAAGAAUUAUUUAUACAUGUUCGGAGGAAAGAUUACUUCUUUGCAAUCCUCAUCAAAUGGCUCAGAUCCGACAUCGGUCUCAGUCAAAACACUGGAUGAUUUUUGGAUGUUUAAUUGUGAGAAUUUAACAUGGAAGAAACUUUCGAACAAGUUGUUGUCGACAAAUGAAUCUCUUCCAAAAUUAACAGGAGCCACUUUGUGUGCCUCUUCGAAGGGUACUGACUUGUUCCUAUAUGGAGGAGUCUGUGACAAAGAAUACAGCAAUGAAUUGUACAAGUAUUCUGUGAAGAAUGAUUCAUGGGAAUGUAUCACUUCUAAAAUGAAAGGUGACAUUCCCCAAUUUGGAAGAGAACGACACGCAUGUUGUCUUUUAUCAAAAUCCAAUGAAAUGCUCAUUAGUGGAGGUUGGAUCUUUGGUGGAGUGAGUUCACAAAUACUCUCUCUUAAUUUAGAUACAUUGGUCUGGAAGAAUGUGAAUGUUUCAAUGGGAUCCAAUUCGAUGGAAUCAAAAAUGUUGCAACGAUAUGGACACACCAUGGUUGCAUUGGAAGGAGCUGUCAAUGAACAAAUUCCAUUAGUUGUCAUGAUUGGAGGAAAAGAUUUAACCAUGAGUAAUCGUGGAGAAGUGAUUUUGAUUGCUCUCCAUUCGAAAGAUGCCACUUGGACCACUCUUGCACAAAGUUUUGGACAGAAACAAGAUCAUUCAUUGAAUGAAGAAUGGACACGGUAUGAGAAGGUGAGUGGAUUAUUGCCAGCCACUCCAAUGACCGAUGAUUACUUGUCGAGUAUGUUGGGAGUGACUUCCACUGUAUCUUCAUCACCAUCAAUGGUCGCAACCACAAGCACUACUACCAGCACCACCAGCACCGCUACAAGUACACCUCCUGCAGUUCCAAAGCGUCCUUCCUUCUCGAAAGCAAGUACUGGUGACUCAACCAAACAAGAGAAUGUGAGUGAAUCGACAAUCUCAAGUACUACUCCACCCUCUAUUCCAAAACGUCCAGUAAGAAAGGAAGAGGACACUCCUCCAAAGAAGAGCACCUCCUCGUCAACCGUUGAGGAAGAAACAAAGAAGCCCUCGACAUCUGCCAUCAUCACCACCACCAGUACAGAAUCUAAACCAACCACAAGUGGUUCCAAGACUGUUAAGGUUGAUUCAACUAUGUCACCUUCAGCAGAUGCCAUUUCUGAAAAAUUGCAAGAGGCUGAACAACGUCCAAAGCUUGAAUUGGCCAAAAAAGGAGCCAGAAUGCAACAAAGAAAGCCAAAAACUGUCAAUGCAGAUUUAUCGAAAUUGGAUAAGGUCACCAAAGAAGCCACUCUUGAUGUUCCAGAUGAUUCCAAAUUCAAAAAGUUAGAAAUUGAAUCAAAGAAGGUUGUUACUCCUACCAACGAAGAACAGCCAUCGGGCGAAAGCAGCUCUCAAGAUAAAAAGCCAAAGUUUGGUGUUGGAAUCGGAGGCAACCCAAUGAUGAGCGAAUUAGCAUCCAAGCUCAAGAAAAAAUAA